AUGUCCAAGGAAUCGACUCCAGCUCAUUUUGAUAACAUGACAGCGGAGCCUGAUAUUCCAAUAGCAUUGACUUCUGGUACAACUGCAAUGUUUGAGAUGGAACCCAGCGUGAAGAGAGCUAUCGAUCAUGAUGAGGACCCUGAUAAAUUCAUGAUUAUUACGGAAAAGGAUAUUGACUUAGCUCGAGAAUAUCGAAAUAGAAUGAUGGAAAGAUUAAUUAGUGAAGAAAUACAACUUCUCAAUUUCGAAGAAAUGGGAACUCCCAGGGUAUAUGUUUAUGACGAUGACGAAUGGAAAGAAGCAUUGAUCUAUAGUUGCGAGACAUCUCAUCUCUGGUUACAAGUCGGGCACGAAGUGGCAGAAGGAAGAAUUGAACUUUUUCUGCAUGAGAUGCUUUCCGGUGACCUUCUAGCAGAAAGAGUGAAAAGAGUCCAAGCGCGACAACGACUUCGAAAUGGAUUUAAUUUUAGUAACGAACAAGUUACCGCAAAAGUGUCACUUUUGCAAGAAGAGUCAAUUAAGGAAUUAUCUCAGUAUAUUGUUCAGGAGAAUCUUAGUGAAAUGGAAGUAAAAACUAUAUGCAGGACCUUAGUUGAAUCAGCCUCAAGUGCUAGUUCUGCCUCAUCACAUCUCUCCAGAGAUUUGCGCAGGCUUAACACUUCAGAAAAAAUAACUUCUGCUACGUUAGAUCCAGAAACAACUCGAUUAGCUAAUGAAGAACAAAAGGGAAAGCGCUUGCUCAGGGAUUAA